UAGAAUGUAAACAACGGCUUGUUCCGUGCUACUUCAUGGUACAUUAUCUCACUGCGCAGUAACGGAACAUUCGGAGAUGGCGACUAUUUUCGACGCUAAUUUCCCCAACAUGACAGACAGCCUCGACCAGGAGGUUGACCGCUCACUGUUCGUGUCAAUAUUUCUCUGUAUCCUGUACCUAGCCAUGAUGAUAUUCACGAUAAUAUCAAAUGGUUCCGUGAUAAUAUCUGCCAUCUUCGAGCGCUGGAAAGAAGUUGAUAACUUCACUUUUGUCAUGUUUGUUUCAUUGGCUUUUAAUCAGCUCUUUAUUGGAUUCACUAUUUUCCCACUGAUGAGCUACAGCAUGGUGGCUAAGAGGUGGGGACUAGGAGUGCUCUUUUGUUGGUGGUGCGCGCUCCUCAGCACAUACCUUUACACUGUCUACAUAGUUCAUGCUGUGGUUCUUAUGUUCGAUAUCGUGAUCGUGAGAUACAGCGAUCUACGAACCACAAUAUCUGUCUCAGUUAGCAAACGAAUAGCUCAAAACAUAUGGAUCAUCUGUGCUAUCCCCCAGGUUUAUCCCAUUCUCUACCUGGACCAUCCCUACCUGUAUGAUCCUAUCCGUGGGGGUUGUUACCAGACUUUUCUCUUUUAUGACACUAAAAUGUUUUUCAAGACGUUUGGGAUGUUUCUAAUACUACCUAUAAUUCUAAUCUCUAUCACUUACUUCGUUCUGUUGGUAAAAGAGGAGAACCACAGACGGCUCACCGCUACUAUUCUCAAGAAACAAUCCGGUCUUGCUAAGGAUCUGACCAUCACCAGGAACUACAUUACGCCUUGUUUAGCCAUCAUUGCUGUUCUUCUUACUAUCCUACCGUUUUUUGUUGUUGGGUUGCUGAAAAUCCGGUCAGUUUACAUUCCUCGCCCAGCAGCUGAGUUUGCGAACACGUGGAUAUGUUUGGGGGGCUGCCUCCUCCCUACCCUCUACUUCCUGGUCGUCAAAACCUACAGACUCUGUUUGUACCCCGGCUGCAAGUGGGACGUCCACGUGGCGGCUAUAACAAAACUCCGGCGUAAAACUCACAGCCCCUGUGUGAGGAGGCAGGGUGUGGUGAUGUUCAAUGUGCCAAUGAUGGCCAUCACGGAGGAGGGAGAACCAGACUCUCAAAUGUCUCCCCGAAGUACUUUAUCGGUUAACAGUUGUUUAGACAAUCAUCUGCCGCUGUGCGCUGACAAUAACGCUACCCACGGGAAUGGUAGUCUCAUACCAAAUCAGUAUCAGAUAAAAUCCUUGCGGAGGGAAUUACCCCAAGUACCGGGAAAGAAAACUAGUAACUUUUUAACUGUUAAGGAUCCGUUAGAAAUGGACAAUAGUUGUUCGGUAUGAACUAUGAAGUAAUGUUUGCUGACUUCGCAGUUACUAUUCAUUCAUUAUAUAAUAUAGCUAUAUUAAGCUUUAACUUUCGUUUUCAGCACGUUUAAUCAAACAGAUUUAAACGAUCAAUUCAUUUAUUUAAAAAACUCAAUAUGACCU